AUGUUCCCUGAGACAAGCAGCCUCUGUGGCCAACCCAGAGCCCGCGGACGGUUCCUCUCACACCCUGGGUUCAUAUUGGCUUUGGGGUUGGUUUAUAGGGAAGAUGGUGAGUUGGAAGAAGGUGAAUUGGAAGACGAUGGGGCCGAGGAGACCCAGGACACCUCCGGAGGGCCCGAGAGGAGCCGGAAGGAAAAGGGGGAGAAGCACCAUAGCGACUCGGACGAGGAGAAGUCUCACAGGAGACUGAAGCGAAAGCGGAAGAAAGAGCGGGAGAAGGAGAAGAGGAGGUCGAAGAAGAGGAGGAAAUCCAAGCACAAACGCCAUGCUUCUUCCAGCGAUGACUUCUCUGACUUCUCUGAUGACUCGGAUUUCAGUCCCAGCGAGAAGGGGCACCGCAAGUACCGAGAGUACAGCCCCCCGUAUGCGCCGUCCCACCAGCAGUACCCCCCGUCGCACGCCACAUCCCUGCCCAAGAAGGCCUACUCCAAGAUGGACAGCAAAGGCUACGGCCUGUACGAAGACUACGAGAACGAGCAGUACGGGGAGUACGAAGGCGACGAGGAGGAGGACCUAGGAAAGGAGGACUAUGACGACUUCACCAAAGAGCUGAACCAGUACCGGCGUGCCAAGGAGGGCAGCAGCCGGGGCCGAGGCAGCCGAGGCCGUGGCAGGGGCUACCGGGGUCGAGGCAGCCGCGGAGGGUCUCGAGGCCGAGGCAUGGGCAGGGGCAGCCGCGGAAGGGGCAGAGGCUCCGUGGGAGAUCACCCGGAGGACGAAGAAGAUUUCUAUGAAGAGGAGAUGGAAUAUGGAGAAAGUGAGGAGCCAAUGGGAGAUGAGGACUAUGAUGAAUAUUCCAAGGAGCUGAACCAGUACCGCCGGUCCAAGGAUGGCCGAGGACGAGGGUUAAGUCGAGGCCGUGGCCGGGGUUCCCGAGGUCGAGGGAAAGGGAUGGGCCGGGGUCGCGGGCGAGGUGGCAGCCGAGGAGGAAUGAACAAGGGCGGAAUGAACGAUGACGAAGACUUCUAUGAUGAGGACAUGGGCGACGGUGGCGGGAGCUACCGGAGGAGUGACCAUGACAAGCCCCACCAGCAGUCUGACAAGAAAGGCAAAGUCAUCUGCAAAUACUUCGUGGAGGGGCGGUGUACAUGGGGAGACCACUGUAAUUUUAGCCACGACAUCGAGCUACCAAAGAAGCGAGAACUGUGCAAGUUUUACAUCACCGGGUUCUGUGCCAGAGCCGAGAACUGCCCCUACAUGCACGGUGAUUUUCCCUGUAAGUUGUACCACACGACCGGGAACUGCAUUAAUGGUGAUGACUGCAUGUUCUCCCAUGACCCCCUGACUGAGGAGACCAGAGAGCUCUUGGAUAAGAUGUUGGCUGACGAUGCAGAAGCAGGCGCCGAGGACGAGAAGGAAGUGGAGGAACUGAAGAAGCAGGGCAUCAACCCCCUGCCCAAGCCACCCCCGGGCGUGGGCCUCCUGCCCACCCCUCCUCGGCCCCCCGGCCCCCCGGCCAUGGACUUCACCUCUGUUGUUUUUCAUUGGCUAAAGCUGAACUUCCAGGAGGAUAGAGAGCUGCUAUUCUGCCAUGGGGCCAGGAGGCGGACAGCUGGAGCUACUCGGGAGACCAGCAUUAAUGUCUCCCGCACCAGCCUUUCCAAGUUCUCCCAGGCGACCCUCCUUGUUUGCAGGUGCCACGCCACGGGGGCUACAGUAGCCAGCUGA